AUGGAGCCGGGAGCUCGCCCGCUGCUCGCCCUCUGCCUCGCCGGCUGCCUCCUGGCCCCAGGCUGCCGGGGCUCGCAGGGCAGGUUCGCUUACAAGCUGCUCCACGACCUCUUUGCCAACUACUCCAGCGCCCUGCGCCCCGUGGAGGACACGGACUGGGCGCUCAACGUCACCCUCCAGGUCACCCUCUCCCAGAUCAUCGACAUGGACGAGAGGAAUCAGGUCCUCACCUCCUACCUGUGGGUCCGCCAGGCCUGGCUGGAUGCCCACCUCACCUGGGACAAGGACGCCUACGACGGCAUCGACAGCAUCCGCGUCCCCAGCAGCUACGUCUGGCGGCCGGACAUCAUCCUCUACAACAAGUGGGUUGUGCUCAGCCCCCCGCCACGCUGCUCCCGGAGCCCGGGGGGGCUCAGGCUGGGGCUGAGGGGGCUGCAUGGGGUACUGCCAACCUCGUGGCUGCACGAGCAGGGCGGUCCUGGCGUGGGUGAUGCAGGGAGAGGGUCACCCCAACUGAGUGACAAGGGGGGUGCAGGGGGGGCUGGCAGCAGCCAGGUGUGCCUGGCAUUGACCUGCCAGUGGGGACGUGCCACCGCAGGGGCAGCCGAGGGCACAGAGCCCCCUUUUUGGGGCAGCAGGCCCCACAGCUGUCCCUCCUCCAGCGCCGACGACCGCUUCGGCGGCUCGAUGGAGACCAACGUGGUGCUGCGCUCCGACGGGCACAUCAUGUGGGACUCGCCCGCCAUCACCAAGAGCUCCUGCAAGGUGGACGUCUCCUACUUCCCCUUCGACGGGCAGCGGUGCCGCCUCACCUUUGGCUCCUGGACCUACAACGGGAACCAGAUCGACCUCCGCAACCAGCUGGACACCGGGGACCUGACGGACUUCGUGGAGAACGUGGAGUGGGAGGUGCUGGGCAUGCCGGCCACGAGGAAUGUCGUAACCUAUGGCUGCUGCUCCGAGCCCUACCCUGAUGUCACCUACACCUUGCUCUUGCGCCGCCGCGCCUCCUUCUACAUCUUCAACCUGCUCCUGCCCUGCAUCAUGGUCUCCUUCCUGGCGCCCCUCGGCUUCUACCUGCCAGCCGACUCAGGGGAGAAGGUCUCGCUGGGGGUGACGGUGUUACUCGCCCUCACCGUCUUCCAGCUGCUGGUGGCGGAGAGCAUGCCGCCCUCGGAGAGUGUCCCGCUCAUCGGGAAGUACUACAUUGCCACCAUGACCAUGAUCACGGCCUCCACUGCGCUGACCAUCUUCAUCAUGAACGUCCACCACUGCGGCCCGGGGGCCCGGCCGGUGCCCCCCUGGGCCAGGCGGCUCAUCCUCCACCACAUGGCCCGGCUCUGCUGCGUCUACGAGGUGGGCGAGAGCUGCAAGAGCCCCCAGCGGGCGCCGGGCAGGCGGGUGGGCAGUGGGGAUGCUGGUGUGGUCGGGGAGAGCCUUGGGGAAGGGGAGGCGGGUGGCGAGGCGGGGGGCUGCCCACGGGACCGCUGCCUGUGCCACCACAACGGCCUGCUGAGGAACGUUGGCUACAUCGCCGGCUGCUUCCGCCGCCACCGAGCCGCCCAGCGCUGGACCGGAGAGUGGAAGAAGGUGGCCAAGGUGAUGGACCGCUUCUUUAUGUGGGUCUUCUUCCUCAUGGUUUUCCUCAUGAGCAUGCUGGUCCUGGGCAAAGCUGCCUAA